AAUUUACAUCCAAAAAUUAAAUAGUGGGCCUUUAAAAUUUUGCUUGCUCUGAAUGCGCCCGUUAAGCCUUAUGACCUGACUUGAGUUGAUGUUGUAACUAUAGUAGCAUGUUCAGGAAGGUGAACGCUUGCAGACGUUCGCAAGUUUUUAAACAUUAUAGAAAAUUAAAAGCGUUUGUAAAUGCUCGCUCUGCUGAACAUACAAAAUUAUGCUUAUAAAUUUCGUAAACUGGAUGCCACUCGGCUUUACGCCGUUUAUAAUGUAUUACGUCCGAGUGUGAUUCAGUCAAUUUUUUUGUAUGGCGUGACAAACGAAAGAUGGAUCUUUUGAUCAAUUUUAUUAUCUUCAUGGCCCUUCCAGCCAUCAUAUCUCUUUCAUGGUUGAAAUAUAAAGGUGCAGAGUACAUUCUAAUCAACUACAGAUGGAUUUUUGUCUGUUUUUUUCUAUUGCCAAUAUCUUUCUUUUAUGAUCUGUAUUUUUGUGUGAGAAAUUGGGUUGUUUUCAAAUUGAAUUCAGCCCCCAGCCAGCAUGACAAGAAAGUACAGCAUGUACAACAGCAGGUACGUCAUUGGAGAGAGAGUGGCGCUAAAGUUCCAAUGUGCACUGCCAGACCAGGCUGGAUGAAUGUUAGUCUAAGAUGCGGCUUGUACAAACGGACGCUGAGGAACAUAGAGAUCAACUUGAUCGAUGUCCUGGACAUCAACACUGAGCGGAUGGUGGUGAAGGUGGAGCCACUCGUCACCAUGGGGCAGAUAACUGCAUUUUUGAAUCCCCGGGGGUGGACUCUUCCAGUAUUGCCAGAACUUGAUGAUCUCACAGUUGGUGGAUUAAUUAUGGGUGUUGGUAUUGAAACAUCAUCCCACAAGUAUGGUCUGUUUCAACAUACAUGUGAGGAAUUUGAACUAGUUGUGGCUGAUGGAGAUGUGAUAAAGUGCUCAAAGACAGAAAACCCUGAUCUAUUUUAUUCAGUUCCAUGGUCAUAUGGAACCUUGGGAUUUCUUGUAUCAGCCGAAAUCAAAAUUGUGCCAGCAAAACAAUUUGUGAAGAUUGAGUAUUUUCCUGUUCACACCAAAGCUGACAUGCUCACUACGUUCAAGAACCAGGUCAUGAGAAACCAUGGUAACCAGUUUGUUGAGGGUGUGGUCUACUCACGGAAUGAAGCUGUUGUUAUGACAGCCAACAUGACGGAUGACGUAGAAAAAGAAAAGAUCAACUCCAUCGGCUGCUACUGGAAGCCAUGGUUCUACAAACACGUAGAAGGUUUCUUGAAAACAGGUUAUGCUGUGGAAUAUAUUCCACUCCGUCACUACUAUCACAGACACACACGCAGUAUUUUCUGGGAAAUGGAGGAUAUCAUCCCGUUUGGUAAUCAUCCAGUGUUUCGCUACCUGUUUGGUUGGAUGGUGCCACCAAAGAUUUCUCUGCUAAAACUCACUCAGGGCGACACAAUCAAGAAGAUGUACGAGAAGUAUCAAAUCAUCCAGGACAUGCUGGUUCCCAUGGAUCAGUUGAACACUGCACUUGAUGUCUUUCACCGGGAACUCCAGAUAUAUCCACUGUGGAUAUGUCCGUUCCUGUUGUGCAAUAACCCUGGUAUGGUUCAUCCUCACACUGGUAAAGAUGAGAUGUUUGUUGACAUCGGUGCUUAUGGAACACCAAAAAAGAGCACCUAUGAAACAGUUAGCACAACACGAAAUCUGGAAGCUUAUGUGAGAUCUGUCAAGGGUUUUCAAAUGCUUUAUGCCGACUCCUACAUGACACGGGAAGAAUUCUACAAGAUGUUCGACCACUCAUUAUACAAUAACAUGCGAGAGCAACUUGACUGUUCAAAGGCUUUCCCUGUGGUGUAUGACAAAGUCAAAAGAAAAGCUAGGCAUUAAGUUACUAGGCUUUUCCAGUGGUGUAUGACAAAUUCAAAAGAAAAGCUAGGCAUUAAAUUACUACACUUUCAUGUACUUAACCAGUGCUUCUUAUUUUUAUUAUAGAUACAUUUAUGCAUAUGCAAUUUUGAGAUAUUACGCUUAUGACUUGAGAUCGUACAGUGUUUGAUUGAUUCUCGUAACAAUGAUACCGGUAACAUAUUUUAUUUGAAAAUGUACUUUUUUAUCUUUUUUUGAUUGUUUGUUUGUUUGUCUUGCCUUUACAAAGUAAAAAUAUGAGAUAUAGGUAUGUUUUUUUCAACAUGCAUUGAGAUGAACAUCUAUGGAUGAAGCUAUUAGUGACAUGAAUAGGUUUAUUGUAGGAGAGAUGUUAAAUUCCACAGAAUUCUUGUCCUCUUGAAUUCUAGAUGACGUUGUGAAACCAAAGAAUAACGUUUAAACGGGUUUUUUCAACGUAAGAUUGUUUUUCAUUUCCAUGCUUUAUAUCCAAUUAAGGUUCAAGCACGCUGUCCUGGACACACACCUCAGCUAUCUGGGCUGUCUGUCCAGCACAUUGGGUUAGUUGUUAAUUGGUUAGUAGUUAGUGAGAGAGAAGAGGGUGUAGUGGCCUUACACCUACCCAUUGAGCCCUUAAGAACUCACUUUGGGUUGGAGCUGGUACCGGGCUGCGAACCUUGUACCUACCAGCCUGUAGUGCCACUGAGGCAGGUCGUAAGAUUGUGUUGCAUAUUUAACAAAUAAAAAUUAAUAAAUAUUGGUCACAGUUACAGGUGUUUAGAACUUUGUUACAAAUGAAUAUGAAUUUAGUCAAUAAGACAAAGUAUUUGUAUAAAUAUUAUAUGUAGUAAGAUAGCACAAUAUGUUAAAGUAUUGGAACAAUCUUUUUUCAAAUGUUUACAGAAGUAUAAAUAAAUAUAUGGUGUGUGUGUGGUUUUUUAGUAUUCGAGCAAGUGAGAUAAUUAUUUAUAGAUAGCUAGUUACAUAGAUAUUUAUUAUUGAUGAUUGAUUGAUUGAUUAAUAACCACAGACAUUAUAGUUUACAUUUUUCAUUGUUGUAUCCUUAUUUUCCAUAUUUAUCUUUCUCUUAACUUACACAUUUGUUUACUUACAAGCAUUUUACUUGCAUUUCUAUCACAUUAUAUUAAUGUAUCACUGUCAAAAUGAACAUAAACAAUUUUUUUAAUAUUCUGUGACAAUAAUGGUAUACUGCACAUUUCUGACAUCAUUAAAUUACUGUAGCCAGAA